UGUGGAGGUGUGGAGGUGUGAGAAAAAGAAAAGGGGAGUGAGAGUAGAGUACCUGAGAGAGGCAUCCUUUACCAGGCCCUUGACUCACCAGCUCCUAAACUCCUUAGUGACCUAAGGGAACUGAAGAGACACCCCAAUACUAAUAGUACAUUUGCCCCCCCACCCCAACCUUUUAAUUUCGGGAUAUUUGGGACUGUGGUUUGCCUGUGGUAGAUGAGAUUGGUGGCACACCCAGAGCCACCAAACACAGGGGUACCAGAGCUGGGGAAGGAGUGAUCUGCGGAAUGGCCACUUUUUCUUUUCUGGGGCCCUUUUAUUCGGGGAGUGGAGGCUUGGUUCCCAGCAGGUCUGAGGCUACUGGCUUCCUACCUAAAUUUGGGGAUCCCUACUACCAAGAGAUGAUGCUUUUACAAAGUUCAGUGGGGGGAAACUCCUCAAGGAUGGUGUGUGAACAAGAGGAGUCCUGUCUCUCUUUUUUCUGUCUCAGGGUCUUGUUCCCUUUUAACAAAGUGCAGUGUCCCUUAGUGCUGAGAUCUGUUUCAAGUAAUGAAAGGAAAAGGGGGUACUGGUUACAAAGUAUCAGUUUUUAUCUCAGUUCUUAGCUCUGCUUAAACUUUGUUGCCUAUGCCUAGUUUCCACUUGUAUCAUCCCAGUCAAUUGUACAGUCUUUUAUAAUCCCAAUUCCUUUCAGUUCUAUCCUCUUUUCUUCCUUUUUAUCUUUUCUAAAAAUCUAACAGCUUUAUUGAGAUAUAAUUCACGUGUCAUACAGUUUACCCAUUUAAAGUGCGUAAUUCAGUGGUUUUUGGUGUGUUCACAGAGUUGUAUCCUCUUGUCUUAAGACUCAAGACCACCUUGUGUUCUCCUCUUCCCUGCGGUCCUCAGAGCUAGCCUUCCCCCUCCACUGGCGUCACACUGAUCCAGUCCUCAAGACAGAUGACCCUAUUGUGGGGACAAUGGCCAGUAGGCACUUAACACCAAUAAAAUAUAAUAUUUAACUUAGUCCUGCGGGGGCCCAGGGUUCAUAGACAAGUGUGACUUCAGAUAGACCCUUUCCCACUGGCAAGGCCCCAUCACCACCCAAGGUCUCUCUAUUUAUAAAAAGUUUUCAAAAGCUAAAUACAAACAGUGUAGCAAAUUUGCCAGCUGCUUGACUGGUAAUAAACUUGCUUAGGAAUCUGUGACUAUCCUUGAACAAUCUUCGUUCUGGACAGAUGAGCCUGUCACAUCAUUCCCCCUUUCUAAUGGUGGAUUACUGUCUAGUAAACAUAGUGGAGCUUACACACAGAAAAUAAAUAAAUGAGCAAUUAUAUAAUGUGUCAGAUGCUAUAAGGGCUGUGAAGAAAAACAAAGCAGACUAAAGGGACAGAGAUUGAUGGUGAGGGUGGGGAUUGGUAUCUUAUGCACAAUGGUCAUAGAAGGCUCCUGAGAAAGUGGUGUUUGAAUAAAGACCUGAAGGAAGUGAGGAGUGGGCCCACAGAGAUCUGAGGGGAAGAACAUUCCAAGCAGAGGGAAUAGUAAGUGUAGAGGCUCUGAGCAGGAGUAUGCCCUGCUUGGUUGAGGAGCAGUAAGGAGUCUGGAGCAGACUGGUAACAGAGAGGUGUAGGAGACAGAGGGCAGUUAGAUCGUCCUGGCCAUGUAGGCUGGGGUGAAGACUGGAUUUCACUCUGCGUGAGGUGGGACGGUGUUGAAGGGUUUUAAGGAGAGGAGGAACAUGAUCUGGUGGAUGAUUUAAAAGCAGCACUCUGGCUGCUGUGUUGCGAGUGAGUAGUAGAGGCAGAGGAGAGACAAGGAGACCAGUCAUCAGGCUUUUGUGGGAAUCCAGGAGAGAAAAGAAGAUGGUUGGAGGUGGUGAGAAAUGGUUGGAUUUGGUUACAUUUUGGAAGUAGAGUUGACGGGAUUUGCUUAUGGAUUGGAUGAAGGGUAUGAGGGAAAGAGAGGACUCAAAGAUGCCAAGGUUUGGCCCAAGCAACUGGAAGGACUGAGUUGUCAUUUACUGAAAUGAGAAAGAAUGUAGGAGGAAAUCCAAGAGUUAGAUUUUGGACAUAUUAGAUUUGAGAUGCCUAUCCAAGUAGAAAUCCAAGUCUAGAAUCGAGGGAUACCAAUUAAUUAAUGGUUCAGUGAGUGCCUGUCGAGGGGCUUAUGAAAUAGCAGAAGAGAGAACAUUUUACUGGUAAGCUACAUUAAAGGUAGUUUAAAGGUACUACAUUAAAGGUAGAAAAUUAUGAGGAGAAAUAAGUAAAACAAAAGGGAGCACAAGGGAGGAUGAGAUGACUUCUGACAAGGGCAGUCAGAGAAAGUCCCUUUCCCUUCCUUGCUUGUAGGAAGCCUGUGUCCCCUUGAUGAGCCUUUGGUGGCACUCACAGGUAUGUGGUUGAGAGGUGUUUUCAGUGGGUUGUGGAGGGGAGGGCACUCAAAAACAGGGUCUGGGCCUUCCCUUUGUGUCCUCAGUGCCUGGCAUAAGUCUUGGCAUUUGGUAAUUAUUUGAUGGAUGAACUUCCCCUUUCUGAGCCUCAGUUCUUCAUGUAUAAAAUGAAGAGGUUGGACUAGACCAGUGCCCUGGAAUCAACUGGGAAGCUUUUUAAAAAAAUGCAAGGAUCCAUCCCAGGCCUACUGAAUCAGAAUUUCCACAGUGGAGCCUGGGAUUCUGUGUUUUAAAGUCACUCCCCAUGUUAUUCUUUUGCAGUCAGUCCAGCAGCAGUCUGCAGACGGGCAUUUGGAAGCCACUGGACCAGGUCAUUUCUGAGGUCCACUUCAGCUCUAACAUCCUCCCUUGCCAGCAUCCAGCCAUGGGGGAUAUGAAAACUCCAGAUUUUGAUGACCUUCUGGCUGCCUUUGACAUCCCAGACCCCACCAGCCUUGAUGCCAAGGAGGCCAUCCAGACCCCCAGUGAGGAGAAUGAGAGUCCCCUCAAACCUCCAGGCAUGUGUAUGGAUGAGAAUGUGUCCUUGUCUCACUCAGGAUCAGCCUCAGAUGUGCCAGCCGUGAGUGUCAUCGUCAAGAACACCAGCCGCCAGGAGUCAUUUGAAGCGGAGAAAGACCACGUCGCUCCCAGCCUCCUACACAAUGGAUUCCGGGGCUCGGACCUGCCUCCAGAUCCCCACAACCUAGGCCACAACUGUGGGAAGUUUGAUUCCACUUUCAUGAAUGGAGAUAGUACCAGGAGUUUCCCCGGCAAGCUGGAACCUUCCAAGUCAGAGCCCUUACCAACUUUUAACCAGUUCAGUCCAAUCUCCAGCCCCGAACCCGAGGAUGCCAUCAAAGAUAAUGGGUUUGGGAUAAAGCCCAAGCACUCUGACAGUUAUUUCCCACCCCCUCCUGGGUGUGAGUCUGUGGGGGGCCCGGUCCUGGAGGCUCUGACUAAGUUUCCAGUCCCAGAGCUGCAUAUGUUUGAUCACUUUUGUAAGAAAGAGCCCAAGCCAGAACCCCCGUCCCUGGGGAGUCAGCAGGAGCACGAGCAAGGUGGGCAGAAGGCAGUGGAACCUCACAAGGAGCUGGAUACCAGUCGAUUCUUUGGGGAAGCUUUGGAGUUCAACAGCCACCCCGGCCACAGUAUCGGAGAGCCUAAGGGGCUUGCCUCGGAGCUAGGUACCUGCUCGUCAGUGCCCCCUAGGCAGCGUCUUAAGCCAGCUCAUUCCAAGCUGUCCUCUUGUGUUGCAGCCUUGGUGGCCCUGCAGGCUAAACGAGUGGCCAGUGUCACCAAGGAGGAUCAGCCUACCCACACAAAGGAUCCCUCAGGGCCCACAAAAGAGGGCUCCAAAGGCAGCCCCAAAAUGCCCAAGUCACCAAAGAGUCCCCGGAGCCCUCUGGAGGCCACUAGAAAAAGUAUCAAGCCAUCAGACAGCCCUCGGAGCAUCUGCAGUGACAGCAGCAGCAAAGGCUCCCCUUCUGUGGCUGCCAGCUCCCCACCAGCAAUUCCCAAAGUCAGAAUCAAAACCAUUAAGACAUCAUCAGGGGAAAUCAAACGGACUGUCACAAGGAUCCUGCCAGACCCUGACGAUCUCAGUAAGUCCCCUGCUGGGUCACCUCUAGGAAGCGCCAUUGCUGAGGCCCCGAGCGAGGUGCAAGAGGAUGAGGUCACUGCCCUGUCUGGGGCGGAGCACUUUCUUGAGGUGGGCACAAAUUCAGGGAGCCCUCAGGGUGACAGGAAGGGGGAUGAGAGCAUGACAAAAGCCAGUGAAUCUUCAACUUCCUGCUGCAGCUCUGGGUCCCGGGGCCCAAAGGGGGCUGCCUCGAGCUCACAGAUGGGCAAGAAGCAGCAGCAGAGCACAGCACUGCAGGCAUCCACCCUGGCCCCUGCCAACCUCCUGCCCAAAGCCGUGCACCUGGCCAACCUGAAUCUGGUCCCCCACAGUGUGGCCGCGUCCGUGACGGCCAAGUCCUCAGCACAGAGGCGGAGCCAGCCACAGCUCACGCAGAUGUCGGUGCCCCUGGUCCACCAGGUGAAAAAGGCCGCCCCACUGGUUGUGGAGGUCUUCAACAAGGUCCUCCACAGCUCCAACCCCGUGCCCCUCUAUGCGCCAAAUCUCAGCCCGCCUGCGGACAGCAGGAUCCACGUGCCGGCCAGUGGGUACUGCUGCCUGGAGUGUGGGGAUGCGUUUGCCUUAGAGAAGAGCCUGAGCCAGCACUACGGCCGGCGGAGUGUCCACAUCGAGGUGCUGUGCACACUGUGCUCCCAGACGCUGCUCUUCUUCAACAAGUGCAGCCUGCUCCGGCAUGCCCGUGACCACAAGAGCAAGGGUCUCGUCAUGCAGUGCUCUCAGCUGCUUGUGAAGCCCAUCUCUGCGGACCAAAUGUUCGUGUCGGCCCCCGCGAACUCCAUGGCACCAGCAACCCCGGCUCACCCCUCCUCCCCCAAACAUGGCCUCACUUCAAGCAGUGCCAGCCCCCCACUUCCAGCUUUGCCGCUCUACCCAGACCCUGUGAGGCUCAUCCGGCACAGUAUCAAGUGUCUCGAAUGUCACAAGCAGAUGCGAGACUACAUGGCUAUGGCUGCACAUUUCCAGAGGAUGACGGAGGAAACCGAGGGACUGACUUGCCAGGUGUGCCAGAUGCUGCUGCCCAACCAGUGCAGUUUCUGUGCCCACCAGCGGAUCCACGCCCACAAGUCCCCCUACUGUUGUCCGGAGUGUGGAGCCCUCUGUCGCUCUGCCUACUUCCAGACGCAUGUAAAGGAGAAUUGCCUGCACUAUGCCCGCAAGGUGGGCUACAGGUGCAUCCACUGUGGGGUAGUCCACUUGACCUUGGCCUUGCUGAAAAGCCACAUCCAGGAGCGACACUGCCAGGUUUUCCACAAAUGUGCAUUCUGCCCCAUGGCCUUCAAGACUGCCAGUAGCACCGCGGACCACAGCGCCACCCAGCAUCCCACCCAGCCCCACAGACCCUCCCAGCUCAUUUAUAAGUGCUCCUGUGAAAUGGUCUUCAACAAGAAGAGGCACAUUCAGCAGCAUUUUUACCAGAAUGCCAGUAAGGCGCAGGUGGGCGUCUUCAAGUGCCCUGAGUGCCCGCUCUUGUUCCUGCAGAAGCCAGAGUUGAUGCAACAUGUCAAGAGCACCCACGGUGUUCCCCGAAACGUGGACGAGCUGUCAAGCCUCCAGUCUUCAGCAGACACAUCUUCAAGCCGCCCUGGCUCUCGAGUUCCCACUGAACCCCCAGCCACUAAUGUGGCUGCUCGGGGCAGCUCCCUGCCCUCUAGCCGCUGGGGCAGGCCAGAAGCCCAUCGCAGGGGUGAGGCCAGGCCCCGGCUGAGGAACACUGGCUGGACCUGCCAGGAGUGCCAGGAGUGGGUUCCUGAUCGGGAGAGCUAUGUGUCCCACAUGAAAAAGAGCCAUGGUCGGACGUUGAAGCGGUACCCAUGUCGGCAGUGUGAACAGUCCUUCCAUACCCCCAACAGCCUGCGCAAACACAUCCGCAACAACCACGACACAGUAAAGAAAGUCUACACUUGUGGGUAUUGCACAGAGGACAGCCCCAGCUUUCCUCGGCCCUCCCUCCUGGAGAGCCACAUCAGCCUUAUGCAUGGUAUCAGAAACCCUGAUUUGAGCCAGACGUCCAAAGUCAGACCUUCGGGCGGACAUUCCCCUCAGGUGAACCAUCUGAAAAGACCAGUCAGCAGAGCAGGGGAUGCUCCAGACACCAGCAACGGCGCGACUGUCUCUUCCACCAAAAGGCACAAGUCCCUUUUCCAGUGUGCGAAAUGUAGCUUUGCCACAGACUCAGGGCUCGAGUUUCAGAGCCACAUACCUCAGCACCAGAAGGACAGCUCCACAGCCCAGUGUCUCCUCUGUGGCUUGUGCUACACCUCUGCCAGCUCCCUCAGCCGCCACCUCUUCAUCGUCCACAAGGUGAGAGACCAGGAGGAGGAAGAGGCAGAGGCGGCAGAGCCAGAGGAGGGCUCUGGGGAGGAGGUGUCCGUGGAGACCAGGGAGAACGGACUGGAAGAGUGUGCCGAGGAGCCUCUGUUGGGUGACUCAGAGGCCAGGAGGUCACUGGGCCUGGCCCCUGACGAGGAUGGUGCCCAAGAUGCUCAGAGUCAACCACAGGCCUCUCAGGACCGGGACAGCCACACACCGUCCCCACAGGUGUGACUGGAAGCUUUGCAGUGUGCAGUCGGGUGGUGCCGUGUUGUCCUCCGCCUGCCACAUGGACAGUGGGAAAGAGAAGGCUCCACCCCGGUGUGAGUGUGGCUGGCUGGGCCCUGGAGCAGUGUCUGCCCUGAGCUGCUGGGGGCUGGGUGUCCCCCAGCCCCAGGAGAUGGCGGGGUCAUCCAGGACCCUCACAGCUCUGAAUUUGCUUCUGUUAUUUAUGGCUUUGUGCUGCUUCCUGGUACCCCAACUUUUGUCGGCGUCCUUCCAGCCCCAGGCUGCUUAAGUGGCCCAUCCCCGAUGCUGUCACCUCAGCUAGAAACCCCUCAGCAGCUGUGCUCUUCUGGGAGGCUCCCCGCUCGUUGCCUUCAGCCAGGAGCCUCCUGACAGCAGCUCUCUUUCUUGCCACUGGAGCCUGAGAAGGGGGAUGAGGGUGCUGGCGCAGUCCCUCUCAGAGAGCUCGCCCAGCCUGGCUUGCAGAGGGCCCUUGGUCACCAUGCUGUUCCUUUCUGUCUUCUCUGAUUCGUUCCCCAAAAAAGAGUCCUGGAGAAUUAAUUGUCACACUGGCCCAUCCUGUCUGUGUGGGGGGAGAAACUUCUGCAGCACACCUCUGUCUGGAACCCGGGAGAGCAGGAAACGCAGCCAAGUCAGGCAGGCACCGAGAGGCAGACCCCCUUCAGAAGGAGCUGUGCGUCCUUGUUCUGCUGCUGUUCUGCCUUUCCUGACGAGUGGGGUUUGGGGCACAGAGACACUGGGAUAUUUGUACUCUUGCUCCUGUGCCAUUAGAGAGGCUGCUGCCCCAGGCAGGCCAGCCCCUCCUCCUCUCGGCUGCACCCGUGUUGCUCAGACUAUAUUUCAAAUAAAAAAAUCUUCUUACCAUGCAGGUAGGCUCUUGUAUUCCUCUUCCAGUGAGCCUGGCCCUACCCUACUCCACCUAAGACUUCCCUCAUUGUCCCAUCUCUGAGGGAGAACAGUGUUUCCUGCUGCCCAAGGACGGUCCUCUCUAGAUUUUGGAGCUGUGGUGUGGAAACCAGGAGCUCAGUACUUCUGAAGGGGUGAGGGGAGGGUCUUAUGCUGGGCAAGAGUCACCUCCAAGUUCUCCCCUGAGCUAGCAGCCUUGGUUUUUAGGGCCUAUUGAAAUUUUCCUGGGCGCCUCCAUCUUUCCUACAAACAGUUUUUCAAACUAAGAGAACCCUUUACUGGUGGGAGGAGGGAGAGGGACAGAAGGGAGGAAUUCUGUACUUUUCUUGCACUGUUCAAGAGGCCUUGAUAUCACCCCUGCCACAGGGAACUCGGGUGUGGCAGAAUUGGGAUUAGACAUGGGAGGCUGGGCUGUCUUUUCUCUGAUGGCAGAGUUAGGACCUGACCUAGCACAAGGAGCCGGCUGUGCGGAGGUGUCCUCUGACCUCUGCUCUGAGUAGCUGCCGCAGCCCUGCAUGGGUGGGAUGUGGGGCUGGGCCCGGCAGGAUCUAGUGCAGCAAAGGGAAGUGGGUGCUGACUGCAUUCUUAGAGGCGAUCCUUCAAGGAAGACAUUGAAUAUCAAUGAUAAAUUAUUAAGUCAGGUAAAUAUGCCUGACCUUUUCACAAUUGAAAAAAAAAUUUCUUCCUCUGUCAAAUGCCAGAUUUUUAGUGGAGACGCUAAUGGCAUUGGGAAAGGUUAGCGCUUGUUUCAGUUUCAGAGAAACAGUGCUUUUUAAUGAUUGCCAUACCUGGCAAGGCCACCAUGUCCCUGCUUCCCAAGCAGGCAGCGAGGGCAAACCGGGCCUGAUUCCGGCUGCAUGCAGAGCCAGAGCUGGCCCCAACUCAGCUGUCACCCCUUCCUAAUUCCAGUUGCAGGGUGCCUACCCUGCACCCGGGGCCAUUCACAGGAACAGAUUAUAGAGGAGGCUGAUAGAAGCGUUUGAAAUGGAUGGCUGAACCACUUUCAGAGACAGUGUAGCUGGAGCUGGGGGAGAGGAGGUGGUGAAAUCACGGGUUUGACCUGUCCUGACCUCAGAUCUAUCUCCUUCCUGGGAAUGGUAUGGAGUGGAAAGAAUGUCGAGCCACUCACCAAGAAACCUGGGUCACAGCCUGGGUUCUGCCCUCAACCAGCUCUUAACAAACCUCUUCACCAGCCCCUCCCCUUCAAGAUAGACCUAGUAUAUCCCAUCCAACUCGAUUCACAGGCUUUUGUGAGGUGAUAAGUAUGGAAGCAUUUUCUAGUUUAUGAAACACUAUCAAUGUCAGGGAUUAUUGACUAUGAAACACUAUCAAUGUCAGGGUGGAGUGUACCUUGCCAGGCUAUUCAGACUUGAUGCUGAUGGUCAGUUAUGAUUGGUCUGGGACAUCUCUCCACUGUUUAGCAAGAGUGAUGAUUGACAGCACUUUAAGUCCUGCUUGUGGGCCCAGCAUCUUUCUAAAAACACUUUGCAGUGAUUCUCACUUUGUCCUCACAGUGAUCUCACAGUUAGCCUCCAUUUUACACAGAAGAAAACCGAGGCUCAGAGAGGUUAAAUAAGUCGCUGGGUGACCUUGUAAGUCAAGCCCAUCUGGUUCUAAAGUCCAUGAUGUCAGCUGCUGUGUUGCCUUAGUGACCCGGCUACUUUGGCUGGCUGCCAGCUUAUCAACAGUUUGCAGCCAUCCAGACAACUGCUUUCCUACCUCCCCUGCAGUUGGGGUGCCCCACUGAGCACCAGGUUCUCUUUGGAGUCAGUCUGUGCCUUUUCACCCCAAGGAGGGCCCUGUGCACCACAUUUGCUUGUGGUGUUCCGAAGCACAUGCAGUGUCUCUGUGACCUUUCAUUCUCAUUGGGAUUUAUCUUGCCAUUUGAAGAUCAUUAUUUUGGUGAGGCUAUUCCAGAAAAAGUGGCCCAACCCUCACAGGGAACAUGGUUCCCUCAGGGUCCAAUAUCUUCUGAUCUUUUCUUUUAAAGAUGUUUUAAAAUAGUUGUGCUAUCAUUUGUUAUCAGAAAAUGCUUGCUGUAACAAGCACUUAUCUGCUGGAGUGAAUGCUCUACUGAUCAAGUUAAACAGAUAAGAUCCCCACCCUUGUAGAAACUACAAUUUAAUACACUCUAAGGCUUGACAAAUGACUAGUAUUUAUUUUCCAACUCCUUUAUCUCUGUAAAAUGAUAUGCCGAAUUACUAUAAGCUAAUUGGUGUAGAAAGAGCUCUUCCCUUAACUUAUGUAAACAGUCUGGCUUUUGAAAACAGCUGUGGUUCAGCAAGUUCAACACACUUUGCCUUCCCCGAGACUGCAGAAAAACCCCUCUGCCUGCCCUGGUCAUCACUGUGUAUUCAGUUCUGGGCACACUUACUUUUACUUGUUUUUAAUUUUUUUUUUCAUUUUUGGAAAAAAUUAAUACACAUACAUGGUAAGACGCCCAAACAACGCAAAAAGAGAAUACAAUGAAAAGUAAGCUUCCCAAUGGAGGUCAGCCUUCAGUUCCACAUCCCCCUCUUCAGAAUUAAUCACUGUUUCUAUAUCUUAUGUAUCCUUCCUGAGCAAUUCUAUGCAUUUACAAGUUUUUAAAUAUGUAUAUUUAUAUAUCUAUUUUUAAUACAAAUGGUAGCAUUCUAUACACAGUGUUCUGAAGCUUGCUUUUUUUUUCACUUAUAUAAUGGAGAUUGUUCUAAAUUCAUCCAGUGGGUCAUUCUAAUUCAUUAAAAGCUCAUAGUACAGUUCCUUGUA